AUGGAAAAUCUUGCAAAAUUUUCUUUUAAACCUUUGUCUCUCACCGGCAAUAAUUUUCUGACUUGGUCCCUGGAUGUAGAAAUGCAUUUGGUUUCUAUGGGCCUUGUUCAUACAAUUGACAGUGAAAAUGCGGCUACAAGCCAAGAUCGGGCUAAGACUAUUAUUUUCAUCCGUCAUCAUUUAGACAUUCCUCUACAGUCUGAAUAUUUGACGGAUUUUAAAACUGUUACGGAGUACAACUCUGCUAUCCAUCAGAUUACAUCUCAGUUGAAACUCUGCAGAGAAAAUGUUACUGAGAAUGAUAAAUUGGAGAAGACUCUCUCUACCUUUCAUGCUUCGAAUGUUGUGCUGCAACAGCAGUAUCAUGAGAAAAACUUUCAAAAUCCGUUCCCUGAAGCGAACGUGAUAUUUUCUGAACGAGGCCGAGGACGUGGUAGAGGCCGUGGACGUGGUCGCGGUCGUAAGAGUCAACGCGGUCGAUAUACCCCUUACAAUCGCCGCAAUUUUGACAUUAACAGGAUGCAGAGCCAUUGGGCCAAUACCUGCAGAACAGCCAAACACCUACCCGAUCUUUAUCAAGCUUCACUGCAGAAAAAGGGGAAGGAGGUCGAGACUAAUCACGUUGAUAAUGAUGACGACCCCGAUGAUGAUCUUUUGAAUUACGACACAACGCAUCUUGAUAUAGCGGAUUUUGUCGUAGAUCCAACAAACCCCCAGUGA